CACCCACACCUACAUAACCACCAUCACAACCACAACCGUUAAUGCACCCCUUCGCCCACCAAACCUCUUCCUCAUUAUCCGAGCGAAUAUUUCUUCAUCGAACGGCAUAGAACAUAGAAAAAUAGAACAUACCUAGCACAUCACACACGCCUAGCAUUCUCCACAUUCUCCACUCCAUUCGCCAUUGGCAAAUCAAUCAGCUCUUAUCAAUUAAUGUGAUAUAGCUAUAUAGCUCAUCACCAACCCAAUCAGUGUUACACAAACGAAUUGAUUCGCCCAUCGCAAAUCAAGAUAAGCUGAAGAAACAUCAGCGUUAAACAGAACGGCGUCGCCGAUACAAGACGGAAAAUAUCUUCUCGAAGACGAAGAUUGCAGUUUCCUCGUCUUCUUGAGCAAUACAACAUUGGGAGAAGGAAAAGGCAGAUUAGACCCAAAAUGCCUGGAAUUUUACCUAUGAAGAUGAUUAAGGUGGGGUCGUCGAACUCACAAAGUCGCAUUGCACAAGCUUGCGAUAGAUGUCGAAGCAAAAAGAUACGAUGCGAUGGUAUUCGACCAUGCUGUUCACAAUGCUCCGGUGUCGGAUUCGAAUGUAAGACGAGCGAUAAAUUGAGUCGACGAGCAUUUCCUCGAGGAUAGUGAGUAUAAUAACUCUUUCCUCCCAAACACCUCGAUGUCCAAAUCUUUUAUUUGGCGUUUUAUGUUCUGUCAUAGCCUCGGCUUCUUGGUAUUCCGCAGAACACUUUUCUGCUAUGGGCAAUUACUGACUCCCCGUUCUUCCAGUACUGAGUCAUUAGAGGAAAGAGUUCGUACAUUAGAGGCAGAGAUCAGGGACCUCAAGGAUUUACUUGAUGAGAAGGAUGAGAAAAUGGAUAUCCUUUCGAAGAUGCACUCAAAUCGAGGUCCUUCGAUAUCAUCAACGUCGACCUCACCUCCCGCCGAAAGUCGAAGAGAGUCAUCACCUCAAAAAGAAGAUACGUUUAGGGUUCAAACCUCUUCACAUUUGCUGGAAGGUGGGGAUUCAGACUCAUAUUUUAUGGGAGCAUCGAGUGGUAGAGCUUUUAUUGGUAAGAUGUUAUGAGAAACAUUUUAUCAACAUUGUUAACAUAUUUUAGAUCUCUUCAAGCGUAAAGUUCAAGAAAGUGGCAAGGCGAUAGUAGGAUUUCAGACGGAAGCAUUUUUGAACCCUCAAAACGAUUCAACUUCAUCACCCGUGGUCACAGCGGCCCCAAAUUGGGCGCCUCCGCGCCUAUUCUCAGACAAAUGCGUACAUGUAUUUUUCCAAGAAUGGGCGCCAUUAUUUCCCGUCAUACGUAAAGAUACCUUUUUGCCGCUAUAUGAAGAAUACUCAUCACAUCCGGAAAAAGUGAAGGAUCAACAUAAAUUAGCACAAUUACACCUUGUCUUUGCCAUUGCUGGACUCUCCGCCGACCGCCCUGAUAUGGAACAAAUAUCAUUGUGUGAAAGUCAAUGGCGUACAGCUCUCGAUUCUAUAUUGAUGGAAAAUACGAUUUCCACAAUCCAAUGCCUGAUUUUGGCCCUUCUUUAUUGCAUUCAAAAGGGAGACUAUAAUCGUUUACAGCAUUACAAAGGAAUUGCUGUAGGGCUUUCUCAUCGACUUGGUUUACAUCAAAGUCAGAAGCGAUUCUGUUUUGAUUCACUGACUACUGAGACAAGAAAGAGGAUUUUCUGGACUUUGUACACUGUUGAUUGGUAAGAACUAUGCUGGCGCUUGUAUCGUAAAGCUAACCCUUUGUAGUUUUUCUGCCUCCCUCGUUGGCCUGCCCAAGUUACUGAAGGAAGAUGAGAUUUAUGCCGAGUAUCCUUUGGACGCAGAUGAUGAACAUGUGACCGAGAAUGGUUAUGAAUCCAUGCUUCCAGGGGAACCUACCAGAAUAUCCAGCGCUCUAGCUCUUUUUCGAUGCUCGGGUAUUCUUUCCAAAGUUCUGGAGCAAAAUUAUCCCUCAGCCGCCACUCACGAUUUAUCCUUGCAGUCACUCUCAGCUCUGGAGAUGGAACUAGAUCAAUGGUCUGAUAAUCUACCUGCUCAUCUGAAGCUUACAUUUGUGCAAGGUAAGCCAUCAACAGACAUCACAGGUAAUCGAUCAGCUUUACUGGUAAGUCAAACAAUAGCGUGUGGAUUUUACUUUUGUUUCUAACCUAGCAACAGUCUCUUGCAUAUUAUUAUAUUCGAUCAUUAAUCCACCGUCCUGCUGUUGGUUCCACACUUGGAGCUAAAGCUUCACCAUCUAUAAUCUCCUUGGCCGAUUCCAGCAAACGUCUUAUCCAGAUUACGCAGCUCCUUCAAGAGAGAAAUAUGACAUUCUCUUUUUGCCUAAACAGAAACAGCAUGCUUACGCUAUGUGGUUUCAGCCUUUUAUAUCAAGGUCUUGAUCUCAAACAGGAAGGCAAGUUGAUGCAAGAGAGUCAACGGCUUGUCAUCACUAUUAUCAGAUACCUGGAAAGGAGCAAUGCUUCUUGUGCAUCCGACUUCAAGAAACUCGCUUCCUCCUUAAAUUACUUCGACAACCAAAAUCUGCACGAUAAAACCCAGUCGGCAUUUUUACGCACCGCUUCCGCCAUGUCUGCUCCAAAAGUCACGAAACCAGCAACAGCCCUAUGUCUUGGUCCAAGGAAGAAGAGCCAACCACACCCAUAUAAGCACAUAAGUGCCAGCAUGAGCGAGAAUGACAUAUUAGCGCAACAAGAGAAGCUUCGACGAGCUACGUUGCCAAAUAUUUUCAAUCACACUUCACAAAAUCAAACUUCCUCUUCUCCAUCGUCCUACGAAGGGACAAGAAAAGAUUCCCCGAUGAAUAAACGCGGGAAUCGUAGUUCGCUUUCUCAACUAUCCUCGCUAUCGAAACCUCGAUAUAACACGGGCUCAAAACCUCCGAAUUUGGAUUAUUUAUCGUUGAGCAAUACGCCAAUUUCUUCACAACAAUCUUCACCAACACUAUCACGUACAGCCCCUUCGAGCGCUAGUUCCCACAACACUCACUUCAUGAACAACAAAACGGAUAACCAUCCAAAUGAAUUAAGCAGCUUGGGGCUGCUACUCGGUUCUUUAGAAAAUGGUCAGAGCAACAUACAUAGUGCAAUCUAUGGUGGACCAGCACCUAGUCUUCCGGAAACAAAUCGAACGAAUCAAGCUGCUAGCUCGAAUUCACCUUAUGGUGAUUGGUCAUCAUAUUCGAUGUGGGACGACAUGACCUCUUCAAAUCAUCAUGAUUCCUCAUCAGGUUCCGGACCUGCACAGAGCGUAUUUAGUUUUAGUGGCGAGAGCCAUAGUUCCGCGGAGGAACUAUCCAAUAGUGAUCUUGGGAUGGGUGGGAAUAUGCACUUCUUACCCGACCAGACACAAUCCUGUGAUGAUUAUCUUCGUCAUAUGAUAGAUGAAGUACCUCGUUUUUAUUAAUGUUCUUGGCGUCAUCUUUUGAUCCACUCCGGGUUUUCCGAGAGGCUGGUUUCGGUUGGGUUUGCUUGUAUCGGGUUUGCUUGUAUCUUGGGGAUACCCAUAUAUGUUGGACAUUGGCGUUCAGAUAUGUGGGAGGCGCAUCAUUACAGUUUGACAGUACCUAGUAUUUACAGGCUGGCUUGGAUUGGGUUGGGUUUAGAAUGGUGGGUACUUUAGAUAUGAGAAUUUAUGUAUUCUCUUCGUUGUCGACAACUUAGCGGCGUACUUUUAGUUUAGCGCAUUUUACAUUUGUAAAAUUUUACUUUAGAAUUAAGUCAGUU